AGUCAUUCCGCGACUUCGACGGGUCUCGGUACAGGCGGACUGCCCGUAUUUCUCUCUCCUUCGGUGGAAAAAUCUCGUGCGAGCUGUCAAUUGUACGUUCAGUGCCAUAUCAACGAUACGUAGUGGCGCGUUUGCGAAUUCUAUGUAUCGUGCAAUCGCUCUUGUAAAGUUGUUUGUGUCUCGCGCGCGGAAGUUUCCCGGACAUCCGUGACGCAGUGAUAUUCGACAUCCGACAUUUCAUCAGGAUAUUUUUCACGGCGAACUUAUCGAUUGAUGAAAAGAGAAAUUCGUUGUAGAGCUAUUGCUAUCCGCAUAUGUAUAAUAGCGGAACUGCCGUGCGCAAUAUUGAGAGUUACGAUCCGCGGAUUUCGAUUUACGCGUGAUUUGAUUUAAGCGACUGUGUUGGGCGCGCAUGAUUUUCAGUCAGCGAUGUCAUCCGGGGAUUGACCGUUUGUUCUCGCGAUUGUAAUUGCUUUUCGAAAUUUAGACGUCGAUGUGUGUAUGUGUAUGUGUGAAUGUAUGUGUGUGUAUGCGUGAUUUAGCGGGCAAAUCGCGUCGCCUUUUGCAUUUAGAGAAUCGAAAGAUAUCAUAGAUCGGACGAAUUAAUCAGCAACGCGAGCUCGAGUUUCUAAAGUAGGCUUCGACGACGUUGUUACAAUUCGCUGGGGAAAGUUCAACCGUGUUGUUUGCGCAGAGUUUCUUGGAACGGUAGAUGAAGGACUCCCGUUACAAUUUCGCCGAUCUCUUCCGUGAUUCCGCGCACUAAAAGUGCAUUCGACGAUACAAAGAAAUCGUCGACUUUCAAGAGUGACUGUGUCGCGCCGGAUGAAAGUAAGGCCGGACGUAAGAGGAUUCAGCUUUAUCACCGUUUAGCGGAGCUCGAAGAAAGUGGAAGUUAACGGAGAGUGAGAGUCUUUUCUCUCUCUCUUUCGAGAAAGAGAGAGAGAGAAGAAACCGCGAUCUCGCGUUCCACAGCGAUUUGCCGGUUACGUCGAUCGCGAAUCCAGGGACAGAUGUAAUUCCUUAUGUACUGCAGUGGAUUCGUACAUUAUUUUAAUAUACACAUGUCUGAGAAUCGGUUCGAUAACAAAUCAAUUGAUUAUCCCUAAUCUCUCCAAGAGAUUCAUCGUAUUGAAAAAGUCAACAUGGACACGAGUACGGUACGCUUGGUCAUAUUUGUGAGCAUGUUUCUGAUUUUUGCCGGCGAUUAUAGCACAUUAAUUUCAUCGAUUUUUGGUAAUGCAACGGAGAGGAACGUAACCGAUACUGUUGGAGGACCCAAAGCUCAGCUUAAGGGGCCUCAUGAUAAGAUAAUCGCCGUCUCGAAAGAAGUCGUUGAUAAGAAUAACGUUGCCUUACGUCGUGCGAAGAUGAUGGCGACGAUCAAGACCGCUUGCCUGCCAAAGUUGAUAUGCGAACUCACAUCGUCCGUUCACCAAGACCAGCUAAGCGAAAUGGAACGAUCUCUUUUGAAUCUCAUAAGAGAUACAAGUUUGAGCACGUUGGCGGAAGUGCCCUCACGGUAUCACUUCGCGGCUCAUAUGGGUCAACUGAUUUCCGGUAUAGAAGGUCAAGGCUGUCAUAACUUUUACCCGACGUGUCCAUUGCCAGGUAUCAGCGUUCUGAACAUGAUGAAAAAGGUGCGUUUACGCUGACGAGUCGAAAUCGCCGCAAUUAAUUACUGGACCUGUGAUACCGUAUGGAUAUUUUCUUCUCCUUUCGCAGGAUCAUUAAUAUCAUUGAUGAUUCAAUACGUGUUGAAUAUUGAUCGCAUUUUUAACGAUUUAAAUGUGUGCAAGCGAAAGUCGCUUGCUGAAAAAAAGUGUUAACAUUCUGCGAUGAUAAAAAACUUUUUUUAAAAAUCGCAAAAAAAAGAUUGUUAAAAUACUAAGUUAGUGAGAUUAUAUAAAAAAGAUAUAUUUGAGAUAAUGUUAUUAAAAUAACGUCUGACUUAUUCAGUGAUUAGAAAACUCUUUUGUUAGACUUCAUAAUUAAUUGUAUGUGAGUGUGUGUGUGUGUUGAAUAGCAUUUCUAUACAAUAACUUAUUGUUUGCGAAAUUUUUUGUUUUAUUGAUUCAAUCUUUAAAAAAAGAACAAAUGUAUGCGCUUUUAUUGCAUCGUGCUAUUUAUUUAUAUAUUAAUAUGUAUUCAUGUGUUUUCCGUUUAUAGCUCUUGCAUUCACUUUUGAUAUACGAUUAUUUUAAUUUUAUACUGUUGUAUUGUAUAUAUACAAUAUGUGAUUGUAUAUAUUCUUGUAUUUUUUUAAUAAGAGAAAUGACAAAUAAAAAUGAUAACCGGAAAAAAUUUCUUUUCUUACUAUGAAAUAUUCCCCGAGACUGCUAUAAGUUCACUCUAUACAAUCCUGAAAUUGUGCA